CGCCCGUUCCUCAGAAAAGAACAACGACAGGUGUCAUUGUAAAGCUACUCGAUGUCUCAAGUCAACAUGAUUGCCGUACUGUUACUGCUCAUGGUUGCAGUUCUGCCAGCGAUCGCAGAAUCACAGUGCAAAGUAUCUGAAUUCCGUGUGCAACGAAACUUCGACAUAGCCAGGUUCCAAGGCCGGUGGUUCAUCCACAAGAAGUUUACACAGUCUCCUUUGCUGCAAGAUUCUUUCACAAACCGCGAGCAUAUUUACACUAAAGGUGCCGGGGAAGAUCUUGCUGCUCUCAGUUUUGGCAGAUGUCACGAUGGCAGCUGUCAGUUCGAACAUGGAAAACUGAAGCAACCAUCUCCAACCGGAAGUAAUGCAGCCAAGCUGGGCUACCAGCCUUCCUCGCCCUCUGAUCCUGUUUUGAAGUACUGGGUGAUAGACACGGACUACGAAAGUUACGCUUUAAUCUACGGUUGUAACCAAAUUAAGCAGUCAACAGGCAAGUGCAUGAAAGCUUACAGCUGGAUUCUGGAGAGGACCCGGCAAUCCAGCUUGAGUCAGGAAAUACGUCGGAGAAUAAACCGGAAGAUCAAUGGACUCUGUCUGAAGCCAAACGACUUUGAGGUUGUCAGCCAAACAGGAGAAAGAUGUCGACAAUGUGAUCCCUCUACAUGGACCGUUCAACCCAACUUCGAUCUGGACAGGUACUUGGGACUCUGGCACGAAAUGGUAUUCAAACCUCGAGUUGUUUUUCCUCGCGAGCUGGCAUUUAACGACUACCUGAAUGUCUAUACGAUACUGCCUAACGGAACAAUUGCCGUUCGUAUUGUAAGGAGCGACCCUGCUUUAGAUGACAAGUGCUUCAUAACUGACGAUCGGCAGACAUGGGAGAGAACAGACGAGCCGGGCAAAUUUAUCUUCUUUGACUCCCCAGAUCGAACCGUGUUCACAGGUGACGAUUAUUUUGUGAUCGAAACGGACUAUACCGGGAUCUCGUUUGUGCUUGGCUGUGUGAAGGAACCAGACACCCCGGAUGGCGAAUGCGUGCGUAUCCGAGGCUCAGUGUGGAGCAGGAAGCCAUAUUUCACUUCGACUGAGUUUAUCCGGCUAAAAGUACUCUUCGAUCAGUACUGCCUUGACGAGCAAGAGUAUUACAUCACCACACACAACAAGAUUUGUCCUCGUGAACCGAACGGGAAAGAACAAGUUGAGGUGUGUGUUUUGUAUGACAAGCCUGAUGUCUGUCUCAGAGGUUUGUGAGCUUCACUUUGAGAGGCGCGUGAAGAUACAAAUAAGGGAAACAACUCUUGAUAACACGGGCGAGCGACAGAUGUCAUCGGUCAUUCCCUUGUCGUGGCAUUGUAAGAAGUCCUAUCUGACUAUUAAAAAUGCUACAUUGUAUCAAACUGA